UUUUCCAACCCAUCGAAACAAUCCAAAAUGUUUGGAAAAAUACUGACGACAUCGCUUUUAAUUGCGAUGACUUUUGCUGCGCCUUCCACUGAAGAAGGCAAAAGCAGCAAACGUCGUCAAUACAUUGCUCCACUCGCUGGAGCGGCUCAAGUUCCACGUAACCCUCUGUUCUUCGCAGCUCCAGCUCUUCCAGUAGCUGCUGCUCCAGCCCUCGUCCGACCGGCAUUCGCUCCAGUACCAGUUGCCGCAGCUCCAGCUUUUGCUCCAGUUCCAGUUGCUGCACCAAUGGUCCGCCCAAUGCUUCAACAGCCAGCUAUUGUUGCUCCAGUUGCUCCAGUUGUUGCACCAGUUGGACAAUGCCCAGGAGGACCAUCCCUUCCAAUUGAAUGUGAUCCAAAGAGACCAUGGCCACAAUGCCCACCACAAUCUUAUUGCUAUGCCACCAACUCUGUUGAUAUUGGACCAUAUUUCUGUUGCCCAAUCUGGUCCACCUAUGGAGCGGCCUGGCGUCCAGCUACUCCAUUCUACAACUACGUUCCACCAGUUCCAGCCAACUGGCCAGAUGUAGCAAGAAUGACCGCUAAUUGGCCCGCUGCUGCAGUUGCCAUGCCACUCAAGGCUCGCAAGCAACAGAAAAAUGAGGGAGAUGAUGAGGAGACUGAAGAUGAGCAAAAGAUCGGAUCUGCCAUAGAUGGAUGGGUUGAGCGUCAAGCUAAAUUGUAAGCAACGAAUCGAAACCGUGGUGGAGAAGAGCCAAAAAACACUUCAUUCCACAACCUAUGUCUGUACAAAUUGCGAAUCAACGAACUUUUAGUAAUAUUUAUUGUGUUUUCGAAGCUUCUUUGCCAAAUUGUUUUCAAGUAUUACCUCUUUGAAAUUUGCCAUCUAAAUAUUAUUUCAACACAUCGACAAACAGUAUUUAGUUUUUUUUUGGUAUUAUUUCAAAUGAAAACUUUGCCAUCC